CCAUCACUGGCUUGUCUCUUGCCUGCUUCACAUCAGACUCUGCCCUUUAACUUUCCCAACCGGAAGUCGCCUGUCCGCCAUGUUGGUACUCCCAAAUCGCAUGUGCGGAAGUGCUGCACUGUCUUUGUAGUGAAUGCUGCUGCUUCUAAGAAGGGGGUAAGCUGAUCAAAGAAUUGCGGACCUUUAAGGUAUUGUUUGAUUUUUUUAAUAUCUAUUUUACUGCCUUUAUAACGUAUAGAGGCAAUAUGUGUAGAUAUCCUUAAUGUCUCUAUAAAGUUACUGCAUAUAUCCUGCAUUGUAUAUUCUUAUGCAUAAACUAAAGUGGUAAUAUAUCAAAUUGUCAUCUUCAGUGAAGCUUUAAACAAGCUAUGCUUUGGUUACUAGACUAUGGUUCUAUUCACAUUGUUAUUUGGAUGUUUGUGGUGCAUUGUUAUACAUAAUUAGAGGCAAUAUAAUAGUCCAGGCUUUUCAGUAAACUGGGCUUCUGGUUUGUUGCUGCCCACCGUUCUGUCAUUUACUGCCCUUUGGGCUAUAUCCGGGUCAUGUACUAAAGUGACUUUUAAAUGAAAGCUUUAUUCCUGGCACUAAAUUUCCCUUGCACACUCCCUGCCGUGGUCAUUAGAAGGUUAAAAAAACGACGUCUCUUGGCGCUGGUUUGCAGCUCCUCCUUCUCCAACGAGCAAAUGCUGCGCACGCAUUAGACCUCACUACAGGAAAGCAUUGAAUCAGUGUGUUCCUAUGGGGGAAAAUCUGUCCGUUUGGAUGCAGGAAGUGCCUCCAGUGGCUGUCUGGUAGACAGCCACUGUGGGCAGACUUAGUGCUGCAAUGUAAACAUUGCCUUUCUCUGGAACUGCAAUGUUUUGCAUUGCAACACUAAGUGCAAUAGGGCCAUUGCACACAGACCACUUCAAUUAUCUGAUUACGUACCUUGUUUCUAGUGCCAAGACUCCUUCACUGCAGCCGACCACUCCACCUUGUGGAUGUCAGCAUGUCUGCCGAUUUCUUCCACAAUCUACUCCAAUCCAAUGCUUCUCAUAGAGACGCAUAGAAUUAAGAUACACAUGCACAUCGAAACGCUGUACUCUAAUCAAAUGCUGUAAUAGGCAGCAUUUUAUUUCAGGGCCGAGUUUCACUUUGUCUUUGAGGAGGUAGUAUUUCCAGUGCUGUCAGGAAAAUGGGCAAUAGAGGUUAAUUUACCUCUGCAAUGUACGCAUUGAAAGUUCUAAAACUACAGUGUUUUACAUUGCAGGGUGAAAAUCACAGGACGACUGCACCCAGACCACUUCAUAAGAUGAAGUGAUGGUCUGGGUGUCUUUAGCGGUCCUUUCAUUUCAAUUCCUAAACAACUGCUGUGUUGGACCAGAACCCAAAAGAGAGCCUUCUGAUGUACAUUGUGCAAAUGAAUGGGUCAAAGGUAACAUUUUGUUUUCUUAUUUACUUUUUUGCCUAGUAAUAUGGCAGGCAAAACAUUUGUAUGCAUGUGUUUAGAUAUAUUUACACCCACCACAAAAUAAAAAUUAAAGUGCUUAGGGGAAAUAGUACAGCGGAAACUUGUCAGAAUUUCGGAUCCGGAUUGCCCUUUUGGGAGGGAUCAGUCUGAUAUGCAAAUCGUAUAGGUUCUCUCUGUAAAGUAAACAAAACCAUUUUUGAGAACUGAGGGGGAAUAACUGAAGGGCAAGCUAUUGAGGUUUAUCUGAGUAUUUGCCUGUUCUCACGUUUCUCAUAUUCUCAGCUUUUGUUACAAUGCAUUAACUUGGGUUCUCCCUAAGUCUAAAGGGUAAUCCUGACGAGUAUCCCGUGCUCACUGUGCCUACAGGGAUAUCGGCUACACCUCACUUAUGAGAUUUAAAGAAGGACAAAACAAUCAACCAGUGUUUUUGUUGCAAAUAGUUUCCUUUGAACCUGAAAAUAUACAUAUACAUUGCUCUAUCAUGCCAGGUGCUGCACCUUGCCAUCUUUUCUUCCACACCCUCAUAGCUUACUCCAUCACCCGUCCACCCCUCACUUCACUGUCCACUGGUUUUCCCCUUUAUAUUUUCCUAUUCUACUCCAGCUCCUCUUCCCAGACAUCUUGUGGUGAUGAAAGUGAACUUUAGGAGGCUGAAGUAGCAAAAUGCUUGCAUAGUAGCGCUUUAUAGGCAAGCAUACAGAAUAAAAUGGUAAUUCAAUAAUCAUAAAAUACAAGUAAAUGCUUGGUCUAUAAGCAUUUGAGCUUUCUUUACUUUCAUUCACAGUUCUAAUAGACACUUUAUGAAUCGCCCAAACAUACUUACGAGGAAAUGAAUUAAUGCUUCUCCAAAUACUGCGAUUGAUAACAUUCCAAACCGUUACACGCUGAAGAAUGUUGCUCGACUAAUAUAUCUUUUAUCUGUUAAUAAACAUCUGCAUUUUAGAGGUAUCAUUUUAUUUCUGCACUACAUAAAAAUCAUCAAAUAAGCUGGAUAACCAAAGUUUUUUGUGUUCCGGUGUUUUACAGCUUUGAUUCAUCCACAGAGUCCUGGAUCUUAAGCAGUCUGGUUAGAGAGAUUUACCGUACAGAUGGCCACAUACAGUCUUGCAAAUGAGAGACUGCGUGUCUUAGAGGAGAUUGAGAGGGAAAUUUCCGCCAUCUUGAUGAGUGCAGGUAUUGAGUUGGUUGUGGGUGGUGUUCUAUGUUAUUGUGUUGAGGCAAACAAUUUGGGGUUGUAGCAUACACUAAAUGCUAAACGCUGUUUGCCAUCUGUCCUUAUUUCAAAGGAAAUGUCAUUUUGGAACUUUCCAAGGAGAAGCCAAACGAGCGUGUUCUUGACCGUCAAGCAUCUCAGUUUACAGCCUCUGUCCAGAAAGUGGAAUCUGAAUUGUCUGGACAAAUUCGCUACCUUACUCAGGUAGGACCUUUCAGGGGUUAAAUAUACUGGAGCUGUGCUCUGUAAGGAAAAAACAAAUGUAGGACAGAGAGGGGAAAGGGGGGAGAUCUUAUGUUUAUUUGCUUUGAACAUAAAAGUAAAAUUUCAAACUUCACUGCAAAUACAACAUAUUGAAACAAUAUGUGUUGAGAAACAUUAAAAUAGAGUGGGCCUUUGAAAGAAAAAAAACAUACACACAUCUGUGUCCUAAGUGACUGGUGUAUGUGAAGUCUUCUACUUUUAAAGUGUUUUUUUGUAAUUUUUAUGGUUCGUUGUUGUUGCAGGAAUCCGCACACAUGCAAAUAUCGAUGAAACGCUAGUAUUCUCUAUGAUCUCAAAAUCAACACAGCAUAACAGCUAUGCAAGAUAACUAAUGAGUAGUUUCCUUUUUUGAAGAGUGAUCUGGAAGAUCAUUUCAUUCCAAAUAUUACUAUUUUUUUAGAAUAUAAGUCAGGGGUGUUAAGCUUUGCUCCUUGCAGCUUUUAAAUCCUGUCUCCUCUAAUUUAGCUGUUUGUUGUCAGAGGUUUUGUGAAAUGCAGUCAAUGAUAUGUUUAGCCUUUUUGUUAACCUAGACUCUUACUGACUUUUCCCCUCACAAUAUAAUAACAUGCCAGAAGUUAAACAAGUCUCUUGUUGAUGUAAAUGCAAGUUGUAUGUUUGGUUAGCUGUGUAUGUGACUGGAAAAGUAAUGCAUGUGUUUAGGGAAGCAGGGGUACCUGUGGAUAAACAAAUGCUGUUAAUGCAACACCCAGCAUCAUUUAAAGGAACACUGUAGGGUCAGAAAUACAAAUGUUGUAUUCCUUUCCCUAAAGUGUUAAACCAUGUUAGCCUCCUUUUCCUAUGGGAAAGCAUUUGAUCGGCUGAGAUCAUCCAUUUUAAUGAUCUCAGCCAAAGAAGGCAGAUCGGGGCGGAAAAAGCACCAGCAUAACCGCUCGGUGCUGAGAAAAAAAGGUAUGUUUUCUGAUCAAUUCUGAUGAUCUCAGCCAACUAGGCUGGGUGGGGGCGCAGCCAGACCACCCUCUGGCCAGACAACCUCUCCUCAUAGAGAUGCAUUGAAUCAAUGUCUCUCUGCAUGGAGAUGCUGAAUUUUCCUUAUAGAGCGGGAAGAUGCUGCACAUUGUGCAGCACUGACCCAGAAAUUAUGUCUAGUAGCUGUCUCAGUGACUGCCACUGGAGGUGUUCCAAGGGAGCAAUGUAAACACUGCCUUUUCUCUAAAAAGACCUGUGUUUAAAGUAAAAUGCCUGCAGGGACAGGCUAUAGACAUCAGAAAACUACAUUAACCCCUUAAGGACCAAACUUCUGGAAUAAAAGGGAAUCAUGACAUGUCACACAUGUCAUGUGUCCUUAAGGGGUUAAGCUGUAGUUGUGGUGACUAUAGUGUCUCUUUAAAAUAUUCGUACUAAGUAAAGUCUUCUUAAAUGUUUUCAACUGGUCUGGAAUUGCUGGAUUUACCAUAUUUAUAUGUACUGAGCUCCAAAUGUCUCUUGAUUGACUUAUUUAUAUAAUUUUAUUUCUUAUUGAUCUAAAGGUAGCUACCGGGCAGCCACACGAAGGCUCAAGUUACAGUGCUCGAAAGGAUGGCACAAUGGCUCUCAACAGGAUUGACUACGCCAGGGUCAAGCUGGCAGAACUGAGCAGGACUUGUGAGCAGAUGUUAGAGCAACCCUAAGAAAAAAAAACCUAGCUUUGCCUAUUCACGUUCGGAUAAACAGGAUAUUAUAGAGGGUGGUUUACAAAAGUUUCACUAGGAAAAAAACAUGGCAAUAUUGUGAAAGUAAAGCUAUCACCAUGGGAAUCAAAUAGUCGCAAAGGGACGUUCCAUUGAUUAUUUUCAUAGUGAUCACUCCACUUUUGGAACUUUCCCCCAAUUUACUGUUGGCUACUUUAAAUAACCAUCUUUCUGCCUUGUAAAACAUAAACAGACUGAUUAAAGCCACUUUCUUUUAUAAAGAACAGGAUAUCUGUAACCUUCUAAAUAGCAUAUUUGUGUUAUUUAGAAACGUGAACAACAUUUUAAUUUCCUGUGUUUUUUGUUUGUUUUUUUGUUUUUUUAUUACAACUGUAACAAGUUCUUAUUGUAAAUAAAUUUGUCAUUUUGAAUUUGUUACCUCAUAUUGUUUUGUUAUUUGGUACCUCGUGUUUUGCCUGUCCUCUCCUGGGCACCUAAUUGGUUUCUCUCUUUAAUCCUUAAUCUCUUUUUAUUAUGAGGAUAAUAUAAAUUCUAUUACUAAAGGAAGAUGGUUUAUAUUGUGUCAGGACACAAAUGGUUCAUAUCUGAAUCUAAAGAUUCCAUCCACCAAAAUAAAUAAUACCUUUCUGCUGCCAUGGGGGGUGGGGAGGGGAGGAGUGGGUCUCAUGUACUUGUGUGUGGUUGGACCAGAACUGUGCUUGUGAAAAGUACGGGAACUCCUUAACGUGCCAGGGUAGUAGAUUGUAACGUGUAAGUGGGUUGCCCCAAUAAGCAUGCCUGUGUUAAUCCUAAAAAGGAAAAGGUUUGAAAUGAGUCCAGGAACUAACAUUUAAACUGAAAUAAAAAAAAUAGAACUGUUUCGUGGGAAGUCUCUGUAAGCCUCAGGAUGGCAAGAGACUCUCAGUCCCGUUAUACUACUUCCUCUCCGGGUGAGAGUGCGAUCAAUCAGGUUACGGCUCUGUCAGGUGGUGUAAGCAUUGCGGCUCGAGAUGUAAAUUCCCGGAUCCGUGCUGGGUCUAAUUUGAACAGGCCAGGUCCAGCAGCUCUUGAUGCCCUGUGGAGGCCCAAGUUGCGUAGAUGAUUCUCGAGUUCCUGGUAGGUAAUCGCUCUGUAGUUUCUCCCCUGAGCCAUGAAGAGAAGGGGCCUUGGCAGCCCCCAUCUGCAUGAGAUACAUCCCGUUCGCAGUGUCAAUACUAGAGGCUUCAGGGAUCUGUGCCAUCUCAAGGUGUGUCGUGAGAUCAGGAAAAAACUGUUAGUUGGAGCCAUCAAAAGUAAUUUGGGACUUCCCCCGCACAGCUGCUUGAAGUUGGGCCUUGUCCUGCAGGAAUUGGAAGCAGACGAUUAGGUCCUGUGUUGCAGAGGGUGACAUCCCUGUUGGUUUGGGCAGACGGAACAUCCAGUUUUAUUGUCUUGGCCUGCUUCAGUGGUAGGUAUGCAGCAAGGAAUCUCCGAAUUAAGUGGGGUAUGUCAGCCAUUCCAAUGGUCUUUGGGAUGCCCCUAAUCUUGGUACUGUAUUUAUGACUGUGAUUUUCCAGGGCGUCUGCUCUGUUUGCGGUGGUCAGUUGUUGCUGCAGGAGUUCUUCCAGCUUGUGUUCCACUGUGGAGAACCUGGUAUUGUGGGCGCUAUGUGAGGGCCCCAGCUGGGUGAGUUUUGUGGACACUCCUUCCAUAGUCUUUUUGAGUUGAGCCAUGUCCGCCGAGAUAUUCGUGCUGAGUUCAGCCAACAUUAGUUUUGAGCAGUGUUGCGGUGACCAGAUUCCUGUCCUCAGUCGGUGGGGGUCCAGGUCCUAUUGUUUGACUCUGCUCUCGGUUCUAGUGAGAAAUCCUCUGAGGAGUAUGAGGCUUCGUCUUCAAGGAGCGCUAUUUUGUCCCAUGCGGCCUUCUGAGAAUUGCAGAACAAGUCUCCAAUACCUCUGCCCUUCUAUCGGCACUUCUUUUUAAUUUUUCCAUCCCAUGGCUUGUCAGCUGUUGAAAUAGAUGUGGAUGGCACAGGUGGGUAUAUAUUUUUUUUUUUCCUCCAAAACUGGUCUUUUUUAGGCAAUUCUUCACAGAGCAGAUAAGAAGUGCAACUGCUCUGGAACUCGGCAAGCUGCACCUCCCACUUUUCUUACUUUUUAUCUGUC